AUGGAUUAUUAUUAUUAUUAUUAUUAUUAUUAUUAUUCAUUUCUUUCAUCGUUUUCGCUCAAUUCCUUUAUAUUUCCCCUUUCGAGUCCUUUCUUUUCUUUUCGUUCCACCAUUUUGAAAUUUGAUUUCUCUCUUUUCUUUUUCCUCUUCCCAAUUCUUUGUCGGUUUUUUUUUGGGGGGGGGAGUUCUCUCUUUCUUUCUUUGUUUCUUUCUUUCAUUCUUUCUUUCUUUCUUUCUUUCUGUCAUUCAUUUUUAGUUCUUUCCUUCUUUCAUUAUUUCUUUCUUUCUUUCUUUCUUUCUUUCAGCCUUUCAUUUUUAGUUCUCUCUUUCCUUCGUUCAUUAUUUCUUUCUUUCUUUCUUUCUUUCUUUCUUCAUUCGUUCUUUCGUCCUUUCUUUCUUCGUUUGCUUACCUUCGUCUUUCACACUCAAUAUUUUUGUGAUAUCAUUAAUUUUUUUUCUUCUUUGUUCCUUUCUUUCAUCCUUCCUUCCUUCCCUCUUUCCUUCCUUUUUCUUCCUUUAUCCUCUUCCUUCAUGAUCUUUUCCUCUUUGUACUUUCACUUUCACUCUCAGUGGUUUUGUCAUCUGAAUGUAUUCUUUUUCCUUCCUUCCUUCCUUCCUUCCUUCCUUCCUUCCUUCCUUCCUUCCUUUAAUUUCUUUCUUAUUUAUAUUUUCAUUUCUCUUUUUUCUCCUUCUUUUCUUUCUCUUAAUUCUGAUUUCAUUAAUUUCAUUUUAGGACCUUUUUCUCUUUCUACUUUCACUUUCACUCUCAGUAAUUAUUUUGUCUUCCUUCUUCCUUCCUUAUUUCCUUCUCUCUUUAUAUCUUUCUUAUAUUACUCCCUUCCUUUCUCCUUUCUUUUCUUUCUGCUUUCUUUAAUUUCUUCUCUUUUUUUGCAUUUUUCAUCCCUCUUUUCUCAUUUGCCAUCACUUUUUUUUCUUUUUACUCUUUCACGCGUUUAUCAUUUAUUUCAUUUUUCAUUUUUUCUUUCUCUAGAUUUAUCUUUCUUUUUUGCUUUCUCUUACAUUCACAGUAUUCUUUCAUUUCAUUCUAUUUAUCUCCUUCAUUCGUUCCUUUGUUUUUUCUUUCUUUCUCUUGAUCCUUUCAUUUUUUUCGUUCUUUUCUUUUUGCUUUUAAUCUCUUUCUUUAUGGAAGUUGGCAUCUUUACCUUCGUCUUUCACAGUCAAUAUUUUUGUGAUGUCAUUGGAUUCUUUUUUCUUCUUUCUUCCUUCCUUUCAUCCUUCCUUCCCUAA